UUCCUUCCGUUCAUUUAAUUUAUGUCAUUCGAUUGCUUUAUAAAAAAACCUCAGCAAUACCGUCGCUGCCUGUCUGUAGGUGUGACGUACCACACACUAUGUACCGACGGCGGUACGGCAACUGUCGGCGAGUGCAUCAGGUCAUUCAUACCGUGUCGUCAAACCAGGAGGUGCGCCGACCCCAGACAGUUGUCCCGCUUGUAACCAGUCUCAAGUGGAGGUGCUAUGGCCCCAUCAGGUCGAGGCCUCGGCGACACGAACUCCUACGGGAGUGGCAACAGAUUCAGGAGGAUUUUCAGGACGGUUAUCAGUCACAACACGUGCAAUUUCAGACACAAGAGGCGCCUGCGGAAACUGUGCAAAUAGAGCCAUUGCCUCAGUACGGUGGGCCGCCUAGAACCGUACCAGACAGUAAACCAGAGGAAAUGCCAGACCAAGACGUUGUCAGCGUCGCUACUGCUGCUGCUACUAACACUGCUCGAAUACACCGAUGCCAUUUUCUUCAGCAGUACGUUGGGCCGCCUAGAACCGUACCAGAUAGUAAACCAGAGGAAAAGUCAGAGGAAGUACCGGCACCGAGGCGGCAGUCAGAGCCGCUACCACAGUCACAUCCGCAACCGGAGCCACAGCGGCAACCGAAGCCAGAGCCCAAGCCAGAAUUAGUUGUCACACCACAACCAGUUUCCACUCCGCAGCCAGCUCCAGUACCGCAUCCAGCUCCAACAACGCAACCAGCUCCCACACCGCAACCAGCUCCCGCACCGCAUCCAGCUCCAACAGCGCAACCAGCUCCCACACCGCAAUCAGCUCCCGCACCGCAACCAGCCUCCACACCGCAACCAGCUUCCGCACCGGAACCAGCUCCCGUACCGCAAGAUCCAGCUCCCGAACCGCAACCAGCUCCAGUACCGCAACCAACUCCCGUACCGCGACAUCCAGCUUCCGUCCCGCAACCAGCUCCUGUACCAAGACUGCCCCGACGACCAGGAUUGCCGGCACACAGGGAUGACGAAGCGGCGGAGGCGCCGAAGCCGCCGCCAGUGACGGCGGAGGAGCUGGUCAAGGAGCUGCACGUGCAGAACAUCGACCUGCACAUCCUGUCCAACAGCCACGUGCACCACACGGAUCACUACGAGUGCACCGAGCCUAAAGACAGAGAUAACCCGUUCGAUCCGCAGUUUGUUGUACGAAGAGGUCAGAGUUUCGCCAUCACGGUAACUCUGAACUGGCCGUACGACCCAACCAAGCAUGACCUGAGGCUGGUGUUUAAAAUUGGCAAGCACCCUUCGAUAACGGACAGAAGCUUCGUGGUGCUCCCUCUGCAGGGGGAGGGGCGGUACGACUACAAGCCGUUCAAGUGGGGGGCGACGAUGAGUGGUCGUCAAGGCAACACGGUCGACAUCGACGUCUUCCCACCAUGCAACUGCCAGAUCGGCGAGUGGGAGAUGUGUAUCAAGACGGUCGUACACAAGAGCAACGUCGACCCUGAUGACGUCGAGGUCUGGCAAUACGAGAGUCCCGAAGACGUCAUUAUACUGUUCAAUCCUUGGUGUAAAGAUGACGACGUGUACAUGCCGGAUCACCUAGACGAGUACGUCCUCAACGACUCUGGCGUCCUGUACAAGGGAAACUACAUCACCCCUGGAGCCAAGAAGUGGAACUUUGGGCAGUUUGACCGUGGUAUUCUGGACGCCUCUCUGCACCUGAUGUACAUGGGAUUUGGUUACAGAUCCUGGGGGAGAACCGGCGACCCUGUCAAGAUCACAAGAGUCCUAACGCAAGUCGUGAACCACUCUGGCAGAAACAUUAACGACCCCAACUAUGGUGUCGUCGUCGGAAACUGGUCGGACAGCUACGACGGGGGUCAACGUCCGGGCGCGUGGACUGGCAGCGUGAAGAUAUUGCGCCAGUUCAUGGAAACCAAGAAACCAGUCCGCUACGGCCAGUGCUGGGUGUUCUCGGGAAUUCUGACUACAGUGUGCCGCGCUCUUGGCAUCCCGUGUCGGAGUGUCACGAAUUUCGCUUCUGCGCAUGACACUGACGUCAGUCUGACGAUCGAUGAAUUCGUCGACGAAGAUGAGAAUACUCUGAGUCGAAUGAAUUCCGACUCAGUCUGGAACUUCCACGUGUGGAAUGAGGCGCACAUGCGGAGACCCGACCUGGGCCAACAGUACUGUGGAUGGCAGAUCAUUGACGCUACACCGCAAGAAGCAAGUGAAGGCAUCUUCUGUUGCGGUCCCGCCCCCCAGGUGGCGAUAAAGGAGGGGGAUGUCAACGUGGGGCAGGACUCGAGGUUUAUUUUCGCCGAGGUGAACUCUGACAGAAUCACGUGGAUGAGAAUGCGCAAUGACGAAUUUAAAGUGUUACACGUCAAUACAUCCAGUGUUGGCCGAAACAUUAGCACGCACAUGCCCACAGGGAGGCCACUAACAGGGGGAUACCGCAAUGGAUUGAUCAGCAAUGUGGAUGAAAGGAUAGAGAGAUUGGACAUCACCCAUGAGUACAAGUAUCCAGAAGGAAGUACGAAAGAGCGGGCGGCUGUGAAACGAGCGAGCAGGUUCUCGGCUGUGUUAAGCGUCAGAGAUCCGUACAACAUCAUCAAAGAAGAGGGUAUUACAGUGACGAUCAACGCACCAGAUCAUAUAAUGGUGGGCGCUAACGAUUUCAAGGUCACCAUCACCGUUCACAACUCUUCGGAAGAAGUGCGCAACUGCCGAGUUCUCUCUCUUGUGAAAGCCAUGACUUACACCGGGAUCAUGUUCGAAAUGCCAGUGCACGAAGAAAAAUUCAACCCAAUAAAGGUCUUCCCCAGGAGAGACGUGACACUGGCGUACACGGUGAACGGGUUCAAGGCGUUUAACUCGGCAGACGAACACUUCCAGUUCAAGAUCCUCGUGAAGUGCCUCACGAAUAUCGGCGCGAUGACUGACGUGCAAGAACUGUUCCACAUCUUCAGAUACAGGCUGCCAGAGAUGGAUUUCGAGGGUCCUAAGAAGUGCAGGAAGAACGAAGUGAUUACGGUCAAGGUCACCUUGGUGAACCCUCUACACGUUCCUCUGACGCAGUGCGUCCUUGACCUUGAAGGAAGUCUUAGUCCCGUGGAACCCACGACAGACAAGAUGAGUCUGCCGGAUAUCCCAGCGAAGACGACGUGGACUCGCAACUUGACGCUGAUCGCUCGUAAAACUCAGAGGAACAAGCUUAUCCGGGAACUGACAGCCACCCUGGACACCAAGGAGCUGACGGACAUUGAUGGAACAUACGUCGUCCAGAUUGUAGAAUAAGUGCAUUCGGUGCUACCUAGAAUGCCUGUACAAAAACGUUUUUUAAAAACCCACAUCGAUGGAACAUUUAUUUAUCAGUUAAAUUGUAGAGUAUUGUAUCAACACUUUUUUCUGAUAACUUUUAUAUCCUAGAGGUCACCAACAAAUAAAUAGAAGACCAUAUAUUAAAGAGGUCACCAACAAUAAAUAGAAGACCAUUUAUUAAGGAGGUCACCAACAAUAAAUAGAAGACCAUUUAUUACGGUCACCAACAAAUAUAUCCACAACAUUAUCAGUUAUUUAACUUCGAUAUCAAGGAGUUAAAAACGUUUUAUGAAACAUUCAUUUGUGGAAUAAUGUAUUAACAGAAUUCUAUGUUAAAACAGAUAAUUAUCUUAUAGGAGCCCACCAACAUUGAAAAACAAACAAAAACUACUCAACACCUUUGUAUUGUAUAUAUGAUAUGAUUUUAUAGUUAUUUAUUUAUUUACGUAUGUAUGUUGACCAGUUGCAAAAUAUCAUGUAAUUUUAUGUAUAUAUAAAUUUGCUGAUAUAUAUAUAUAUAUAUAUAUAUAUAUAUAUCAUGUACCACAUACCGAUGGCGUCAGAAUUAAUUAUUAGAUGCUGUGUUUUUCAGUUCAGGAAUACAUUUGGGUUCAUAUAUUACCAAUACCCAAUGAUUCUUUUUACGUAUUUAUUUAUUUAUUUAUUUAUUCAAUCAUUCAUUCAUUUAGAGAGGGAGAGACAGAGUGAGAGAGAAAGGAGGAGAGAGCGAUUGUUUGAAUGUUGUAUUUAUUAUAAAUGUUUAAUAGUGUGUUUUGUCACUUCAGUAUCUCAUCACCAUAAUGAACCGGAAAGAGAAUGCUAAUGAGUUCUGACGUCAUAAAGAUCAUUGGGUAGCGACUCCGCAGUUUAUUAAAGCGUGUUUUGUAUUUUUUUAGAUUUGUUCCCUUUACGAACGAUUCAAUUAAAUGUCGUAUAUUUUGUAAA